AUGGCAGCUGGCAGAGGAGAGUUUUACCGGACAUUUGCAAAUGCUUUACAGAGAAUAGAGCCUCCACAGCCGCAGAGCAGGGCCCGUGGAAAGCCUGUGCCAAAACACAUCCACAGGGCGCCCCAGAGCCUCAGCAAGGUAAUCAAAGCUGACCAGCCCAAAGAACUUCCUAAUAGAAUUCUCAAGUUCCCAAAGAGAAACAUAUUAGAAUGGCUUCCAUCCGAGAUUUUAAUGAAGAUUAUGUCAUAUCUUGACGCGACCUCCCUGUGCUUUCUUAGUAAUGUAAACAAACUUUUUUGUCACCUGGCCAAUGAUGAUCUGUUAUGGCAUAAGAUUUACAUGACAGAGUUUGGAGUGUUCGGAUCGUCGUGGAGGGACUUCCCAAAGCCUCGACUCACAUCAGGCGACAGCUCGACGGGUCUUUGGAAGCAGAAGUACUUCAAAGCUCUGGCAGGACAGGAUUUGGACCAUUGGAGACAUGAACUGAGAGACAUCAGCCCAUACACAGGUCUACCUCGGCAGACUGCGCACGUCCUGAGAAUUCUAGAUGUGAACUGGCAUUUGAGAAUACUUAAUUAUUUUGGUCAAGAGCUCACACUUAAGCCAUGCAAUGUCUACUUUUUUGAAACCUCUGUCAUUGUUCGAUGGAGCAGUGCGUGCCUACCCUUCUUCAACCAGAUCUGUGCUUUGGAACUGUAUGGCUUGAAGAAGACCUACCCAAAUAAGAGAGCUCCGUGGCAUUCACUUAUGAUGAGACAAGAUAAAAUGAAGCAUACAAGAUUGAUUGGCAAAGACCGACAGAUCAUUCUUCUCUUCCUUGCACCUGGCUUUCUUAUUGGCAUCUGGAGGGGUCAGAAUGUGAUUGCUUUCAUCAUGGUCUGCCUCCACUUUUACCAGCUGUUAGAGCGAAGUCUGUUUGGGUCCCCUGUAAGCCCAUAUUUUGAGCCAACAGUGAGCCGGGUUCGAGACCGCUCAGACCCUCAGUAUGGGCUGCAUGGCUACAGUUUGCAUUUUGUCCUGCACAAUACUGGGACACAGAUCAUGUCUGAAUACUUCCCUGAUGUCCCCUGCCACUCUGUUACGGAAGGCUCGAUGGUUCUUGGUGUUAUCUACAAGAACAAUCUUUCUAAUCAUCGGCCGUUGUCUGGAAACAUCAGACUUCCCUGGAAAUCCGAGGAGCGAGAGGGGUCCAUUGAGAACUGUUGCUUCAUGACACUGACUCUUCUGGACGAGAGCCAGAAUCCGUUCUGGUGCGUCUGCUCUCCCAUCACCAUCGCCCGGUCAAGAAGACCACUGUCCUUUGACUACAAUGGGGACCACUUCCAGAUGGACUGUGGCCACCCAGAGGGCCGAGUGAAGAUGGAGCUGGUGUGGCUUCAUGAGGAGAAGCAGUUCGUCCUCAUCAAUUUUACUGUCUUAGUUGCCAUCAACAAAGUCAACAAGUACUUUUGCACAAAUUACUAA